AUGGGGAUAUAUUCAUUUUGGAUCUUUGAUAGACAUUGUAACUGCAUAUUUGAUAGAGAAUGGACACUGGCAUCCAAUAGUGCAAGUGGUACAAUAAAUUCCAAGCAAACUGAAGAAGAUGCAAAACUACUAUUCGGCAUGAUAUUCUCGUUACGCUCUAUUACACAAAAACUAUCCAAGGGCUCUGUCAAGAAUGACGUAAGGAGUAUAUCGACUGGGAAGUAUAGAGUUCACACAUAUUGUACAGCUUCAGGACUAUGGUUUGUAUUAUUAUCGGAUUUCAAGCAGCAGUCUUAUACACAGGUCUUGCAGUAUAUAUAUAGUCACAUUUAUGUCAAAUAUGUGAGCAACAACCUGUUAUCGCCAUAUGAUUUUGCUGAAAAUGAAAGCGAAAUGAGAGGUCAAGGUACAAGGAAAAUUACUAACAGAAACUUUAUUUCUGUCUUGGAAUCAUUUUUAGCACCAAUGGUCAAUCAAUGA